GCGGAAGUGCCUGGUAGUGGAGGCGAGGUGGGAGUAAGGGUGUUGAAUCUGGAAAUUGGAGGGGAGACGGACGGUCAGUUUGGGGGAGUAACCGAGGGCAGAGAUGAGCGUCCAAAAGGGCUGAGAUUUGGCGUACGGGAAAGCACAGAAUUGCAUCCGAGGGAGCUCGGUGUGGAAUCCCGGAAGACUCCGACGGGUGCCUGAGGGGUCCUAAGUGGGGGGGGAUCCGAGGAGAGGCUCCGGACUGCCAUGGAGGAGCAGGCCCGGGUCCCGGCCCUGGAGCCAUUCAGAGUGGAACAGGCACCACCUGUAAUCUACUAUGUCCCAGACUUCAUCUCCAAGGAAGAGGAGGAGUAUUUGCUUCGACAGGUUUGCAAUGCCCCAAAGCCAAAGUGGACCCAGCUCUCUGGGAGGAAGCUGCAGAAUUGGGGUGGGCUUCCCCAUCCUCGAGGGAUGGUCCCUGAGAAACUACCUCCAUGGCUCCAGCGCUAUGUGGACAAAGUAUCUGACCUUGGCCUUUUUGGGGGCCUCCCAGCCAACCAUGUCCUCGUGAACCAGUAUCUGCCUGGGGAAGGCAUUAUGCCCCAUGAGGAUGGACCACUCUACUACCCGACCGUCAGCACCAUCAGCCUGGGCUCCCACACCAUGCUGGACUUCUACGAGCCACGGCAGCCAGAGGAUGAUGACCCUAUAGAGCAGCCUCGGCCCCCGCCGCGCCCCGCCACCUCGCUGCUGCUGGAGCGGCGCAGCCUCCUGGUGCUGCGGGGGCCCGCAUACGCUCGCCUCCUGCACGGCAUCGCCCCGGCCCGCGCCGACGCGCUGGGCGCCGACCCCGCCGCGCUGCCGCCUAACGCCGCCGCCUGCCCAUCCGCGCGGCCCGGAGCGCGCCUGGAGCGCGGCACGCGGGUCUCGCUUACCAUCCGCCGGGUGCCGCGCGUACUGCGCGCCAGCCUCCUGCUCGGCAAGUGACCCCGCUCCCAAUAAACACGACAUUGUUCUUUC